GAGUAAAAGUAAUAAUAAGAAGAAGUUGUAAGGUUAUAUUUAUAGUAUUCGCUUAUAUUAAUAUUAAUAAUUAAUAUUUGUGUAAAUCCGUCUUAAUGUGAAUACUUUAAUCAUGUCUGAAAAUAAAAUUGCAAAAGAUUUAACUGAAAACAAUUCAGAUAAUCGAACAACGAAUUGUUGUGAUGAAGGUUAUGAAGAUGAAGCAAUACAUGAAGAUUCUGUUACAAAUAUUAGUUCAACUUCUUCAGAAACCACUGAAAAGGUUACAAAAACAUGCCAAGAAGACAUUCAAAAACCUGUAUGUAGUGUAAAUAUUUCAACUGGAACUUCUGACGAACACAACCUUGAUAUAAAUAGUGAUGUUUCAGUUAAUGCAAUUUCUUCUUCAGCAACCGGUAAUUGUGAUACAGAUACAUCUAUUAAUGUUGAAGUUGCAGAAGGUGAGAGUAAGACAAGUUCAGAAGUGACUGAUCCUAGUAGCUCUUAUGAUCCUAAAUACGUCCAUUAUGAGGGCGAUGUCGCUGUUUAUAAAGAUCCCAAGUCAGGCUAUGAGUAUACAUGGAAUAAAGACAGCGAAGAAUGGACUUUACGUAAUAAUGAAAACUACAGUUUUGAAGAUGAUACACACACAUAUACAGAUAAAGAUGGAGUAAAGUACUUUUGGGACAAAGAGAAGUCAGCUUGGUUUCCAAAAAUCGAUGACGAUUUUAUGGCUAUGUACCAGUUGAAUUAUGGUUUUAUUGUUAAUACAGAAAACAAACUCGAAGAGAGUAAAGAAGAUGAUGAAGAAGAAACAGCAAAUCCUAGAAAUGAAGCAGUAAAUCAAAAUUUGGGUCAGAAACGUAAAUCUGCCAAAGACCCAGAGUGGUUUCAAGUUGAUGACCAACACAACACAAACGUUUAUGUCAGCAAUUUACCUUUGGACAUAACAGAGCAAGAAUUCGUCGAUUUCAUGCAAAAGUGUGGGCUAGUAAUGCGAGACCUCGCAACAGGCAAAAUGAAAGUUAAACUCUAUACAGAAAAGGACACCAAUAUUUUAAAGGGCGAUGCCCUAUGUACGUACAUAAAGAAAGAAUCGGUAGAUUUAGCCCUAAAUGUCUUAGACGGCUAUAAUUACAAAGGACAUAAAGUAAAAGUGGAAAGAGCCAAGUUUCAAAUGAAAGGGGAAUAUAAUCCAUCCCUAAAACCUAAAAGGAAGAAAAAGGAUAAAGAAAAAAUGAAAAAAAUGCAAGAAAAACUGUUUGACUGGCGUCCUGAAAAGUUGCGAGGUCAACGUGCUAAGCAUGAAAAGGUUGUAAUUAUUAAAAACGCUUUUGAACCCUCUAUGUUUGACCACGACGUGAGUUUGAUAUUAGAAAUUCAAAAGGACGUGAGAGAAGAAUGUACAAAGUGUGGGGUGGUAAGAAAAGUUGUUAUUUUCGAUAGACAUCCUGAGGGAGUUGUACAAGUCAACAUGAAAUCAGCUGAAGAAGCAGACGAAGUUAUUCAAUUAGUUAAUGGACGAUUUUACAACAAAAAGCAGCUUUCAGCAGAAACAUGGGAUGGUAAGACUAAGUACAGAAUUGCAGAAACUGACUCAGAGAUUUCCAAGAGAAUUGAUAAAUGGGACAAAUUUUUGGAAGGAGAUGAAAAGCAACCCGCAGAAAACGAGGAACAACCCGUACAAAAAGAAACACAUACGAAAUAAAAUACAAUCAUCUAGGUAUGCAAUUUAUUGUAAUAUUAACAUUUAAAAAAUAUAUCAACUAAGAUUAACCAAUAUUCAUACAAGAAUUAAAGAGAGAGCGGAUAUAGUA